GGACAGUUUCUACUCAGCUCCUUCACACUCUCGCAUGAUAUAUAUCCUAGCUCAGCUCAUCAGCCUUCUGUUUAAUUUUCUUAGUAAUUAUCUCAUAAGAUCGAAGCACAAAAUGGGGUACCUGCAGAUUGUGUCCAUCUCUCUAAUACUAUAUGCCGCAUUUUUCCUCAGCAAAUGUGAUGGCAAUGAUGACUACUAUGUUAAUGCUACAUUAGUACACAGUGAUCCUGAAGCUGUUUGCUUGACGGGAAAACCUGCAUCGUACUACUUUGACAAUGGGUUCAGCAGUGGAAUGGGUAAUUGGUUGGUAUAUCUUCAGGGAGGAGCAUGGUGCAACAAUAUCCCAUACUGUGCCCAAUAUGCUCACGCCAGAAAUAUUACCCUAGACCCUAAACCGUACAACUUUCGUUACAUUCUGAGCAACAAGAAGGGUGAAAAUCCAGAUUUCUACAACUGGAAUAAGGUCGUGAUUCGAUAUUGUGACGGCUCGUCAUUCACAUCAGACUCGCCCAAAACUUAUGAGUAUAACGGCACGAAGCUCUACUUUAGAGGUGCACGGAUUUAUAGGGCUGUAAUGCAAGAAGUGUAUCACAAGCUCGGAAUGAAAAUGGCAAAAAAUGCUCUCCUUGUUGGUGGAUCGGCCGGAGGAGUUGCCGCUACAAUCCAUUGCGACGGGUUUCGUGAUUUCUUGCCUAAUGCAACUAGAGUAAAAUGCCUGUCUGAUGCGGGAUAUUUUUUCCCCUCAAAAAGGUUUGAGGAUCAAGGGGAGAUUUUUACACCAAUCUUUCAAGGACUAAUCGCGAUGAAACAUGGAUCAAUAAAGGCGUUACCAAAAGCGUGCACGUCUAAAUUUAGUCCAUAUCUGGUAAUGAAGCAAUUUCUUAAAUUAAUUUUAUGUGUAAAUAAACUUAUAAUGAAAGAAAUAUCAAUGCUAAAUUUAUUGAAUGGUGCGGUGCAACAGUUACCUGUUGCUUCAUACAGUACUUCGUAUUUUCUAUCUAUUUGCUAAGUUCUUCUUCCAACAAUAAUAUGUUGAAGAUGGAGUCUUGUUUUGCUUUUUCUGAGCAGUUACCCGAUCGGGUAAGUUGGGGUUACCCGACCGGGUAUGUUGAAGCAGAAACCUGGGAACUCACUGGAACGUGAGACCCGACCGGGUCAGGAGAUGUACCCGACCGGGUCAGUGAUGGCUUUAGCUUCUGUUUUGGAUACCCGCCCUGGUAUCAACCCGGGCAUGAUUUCUGUGAAGAGACCCGACCGGGUCAAGGAGGGCACCCGACCGGGUCUACGGGAAUUUUUAAUUACGGGCCUUAAUUUAAUCAGGGCCUGCGGCUCUAAUCUCAGUUUAGGUUUUCUUAAACCUAUUUAAACGACUCUUAUGUACUUGUAAACCUGUUGGGACGCCGCUAAUAAUACAUCCUCUCUCUCGUUCGCCAUGGACUAGCACAAUCAAACCGAUUGUGUGAACCACGUAAAUUCUUGUGUUCUUGCUCUUAAUUUAUCGUUUAUCUUUGCCUAAUCGUAACAAUUGGUAUCAGAGCUAUGGCUGACGAAGGGAAGGUUAAGAUCGAUAAAUUUGAUGGUCAAGAUUUCGCUUUCUCGAAGAUGCAGAUCGAGGAUUAUCUCUACCAGAAGAAGCUUCAUCUACCCUUGUUUGAGAACAAACCAGAAUCUAUGGCGGAAGCGGAAUGGAACUUGUUGGAUCGACAGGCCCUUGGUGUGGUGAGGUUGUCGUUGGCGAAAAACGUUGCUUACAACAUCGUCAACGAGAAGACAACGUUUGGACUGCUCAAGGCGUUAUCCAAUAUGUACGAGAAACCCUCAGCGGCCAACAAGGUUUUCUUAAUCAGACAGUUGGUGAACACAAGGAUGAAGGAAGGUGCAUCCGUGAGAGAUCACAUCAACGAGUUUAAUUCAAUCAUAUCCAGGUUAGGCUCGGUUGAGAUUAAAUUCGAUGAUGAAGUUCAAGCAUUACUUUUGUUAUCAUCUUUGCCCGAUAGUUGGUCCGGUACAGUCACAGCGGUUAGUAGUUCAUCUGGAACCACUAAGCUUACCUUUGAAGGUAUUCGUGACUUAAUCCUUGGUGAGGACAUCCGGAGAAGAAGUUCGGGGGAUAGCUCCAAUAGUUUGUUGAGUACUGAAGAUAGGGGCAGAAAAUCCACUAGAGGGGGUAACAAGAAGGGAAGAUCAAAGUUGAGGAAGAGAGGUCAAUCCAAGAACAGGAAGGACAUCAAUUGUUGGAAUUGCAAGGAGAAUGGACACUUCAGAAAUCAUUGCCCAAAAGCCUCUGCAGACAAAGGCAAGAAGGAGGUGAACGUGACAGAGGACUAUGAAGAUGUUCUAAUUUGCAGCGUUGAGAAUUCAAUUGAGUCCUGGAUCAUGGAUUCAGGUGCGUCGUUUCAUGCUUGUCAUUGCAGGGAUUUGAUGAAAAAUUUCAGGCCCUACAACGGAAGAGUUCGUUUGGCGGAUGACAAAUCCCUGGAGAUCACGGGUAUUGGGGAUGUUGAUCUCAGUACCACUUUGGGUACAACCUGGAGGUUGAAAGAUGUAAGGUAUAUUCCAGACUUGAAGAAGAUGUUGAUCUCAGUGGGACAGCUUGAUGAGGAAGGCCAUAACGUUAGUUUUGGCAACAAGCAAUGGAAGGUGAAAAAGGGAAAGCUGGUCAUUGCUCGUGGACAGAAGCAUGGUACACUGUACAUGGUUGAAGUGUCCACAGAUGGAGCAAACGCAGCAGUUGAAGAUACAGGGGUCUCUACUUUGUGGCAUCAAAGACUUGGGCACAUAAGUGAGAACGGAAUGAAGAUGCUGUCUUCAAAGGGCAAAAUCCCAGAUUUGAAGAAUUCAAAGUUGAGCUUUUGUGGGCCAUGUGUUCUAGGCAAGCAAAAGAGGGUAACCUUUGUGAAGACAAGACAACAACCCAAGACUGAGCGGCUGGAGUUGAUUCAUUCAGAUGUCUACGGACCCACAAAGGUCUCUUCGAUUGGAGGUUCCCGGUACUAUGUUACAUUCAUUGAUGACUCUACACGGAAGGUAUGGGUUUAUUUUCUUAAGAAUAAAUCUGAUGUCUUUAACACUUUCAAGAAGUUCAAGGCUGCAGUUGAGAAUGAAACAAAUCUCAAGAUUAAGUGUUUAAAGAGUGAUAAUGGGGGUGAGUACAGUAGCACAGAGUUUGUAGAUUAUUGUGCUGAACAGGGGAUCAGAAUGCUGAAAACGGUUCCAGAAACACCACAGCACACUAGUACAAAAAAGGCUUUUUACAUCUCCUUUUCUACAUGUGUUAUUUUAAAACACAUGUAGAAUACUAACACGGGGUCAUUUUUAUAAUUUUAAUAAACUUUUUUACAUAGGUUGUUGUUAUAACCCAUGUGAAAUAGCAAAACGGGGUACUUUUUAAAAUUUUAAGAAAUAAUCUAAAUCGGUUAUAGUUGCAACUGAUGUGAAAACAAAAACGGGGUAAUUUUCAUAAUUAAUGGAACUUUAUUUUACAUCGGUUAAAACUGAUGCGGAAGAAAUUAAAAAAAAAAAAGAAUCGCUCUUCUUCUAGAUCGGUGUUACCCGAUCUGGAUGAAUUAAAAAAAAUUCGCGCCUGCACUUGUCGAUUUCUAUCUGCGUGAAGGAAAGAAAGAGCAGAGACAGAAGGGCAAGUUAGAGCCGUCCGCUCCAAAGCGAGUUAGGGCUUUGGACGGACUCCGAGCGGUCGGCGUUCGAACUGCCAGAGGACGGCGCUCGAGCGGAAGCAAACGGCGAUUGAGAGUCGAGAGGACGGCGGACGUCCCUCCAGCAGACGGCGGGAAGCGUUCGAGCAAAAACAGGUCUUCGAGCAGACAGCAUUCCAGCGGCUUUCAGAGUUCGAGCAGGCGAACCUUCCUCUUCGGCCUACCUUUGAGCCAGCGGACUUUCGUCAGUUGCCUGUUUUCUAAGAAGGUACCAUGAUUAUGGAUCGUAGUUGGAUAAAUUCUAGACGGACUAGUGUUGAGUAUGAAAAUGGAGUGCAAGAGUUUCUAGAAUUUGCCCAGAAAAAUCUUCCUGACAGUAAUAAUAAAUUUUAUUGUCCAUGUGUUAAAUGCAUAAACUUGCGAAGACUGCAUGUUGAGCUUAUAAGAGAGCAUCUUAUUUGUGAUGGAUUUUGUAAAAGCUACACAAAGUGGAUUAGGCAUGGUGAGUCGGUUGAAAUGCCAAGUAUGUCUUCACACAGGGAGGAAGUGCGUGGAGAUACAUAUGAUCAUAUGGAUGACAUGAUACGUGAUUUCGGUGUUGAGUCAUUCGCACGGGCGCAUGUAUAUGAUAAGUUGUGUGCUGACGCUGAGGUGCCAUUGUAUCCGGGUUGCACUAAGUUCACACGGUUGACAACAGUGUUAAGACUUUUCAAUAUCAAAGCAACAAAUGGUUGGACUGAUAAAAGUUUCACUGAGUUGCUCCAGUUAUUAAAAGACAUGCUACCCGAAGGGAACACAUUGCCCGACCGGAAUUACGAGGCGAAGAAGAUUUUGUGUCCGAUGGGUAUGGAGUACAAGAAAAUACAUGCAUGUCCUAAUGAUUGUAUACUCUAUCGAAAAGAGUAUGAAGACCUGCACAAGUGCCCUACUUGUGGAGUGUCACGAUAUAAAGUUAAGAGCGAUGAAUGUGAUUCUGAUGUGGUGACUACAAAGGGUUCCCCUGCAAAGGUGCUAUGGUAUCUUCCCAUUAUUCCGAGGCUAAAACGAUUGUUUGCCAAUGCAAAUGAUGCAAAGAAACUGAGGUGGCAUGCAGAAGAAAGGAAAUGUGAUGGCAUGAUUCGCCAUCCGGCUGAUGCUUUGCAAUGGAAGAACAUUGAUAAGUUAUUUCCUGACUUUGGCAAUGAGCCAAGAAACCUGAGACUUGGUCUUGCUUCAGAUGGAAUGAAUCCUUUUGGUAACUUGAGUAGUCAACAUAGUUCAUGGCCUGUUAUGUUGAUUAUUUAUAACUUGAGUCCUUGGUUGUGCAUGAAGCGCAAAUAUGUAAUGUUAUCAUUGUUGAUUUCUGGUCCAAAACAACCAGGAAAUGACAUAGAUGUUUAUCUAGCUCCUUUGGUUGAAGAUUUGAGAAUGCUAUGGGAUGUUGGUGUUGACGUGUUCGAUAGUUCUUGCAAGGAGUACUUUAAGAUGCGUGCAAUGCUAUUUUGCACAAUCAAUGACUUUCCGGCAUAUGGAAAUUUAUCUGGUUAUAGUAACAAGGGCCAUAAAGCAUGCCCUAUUUGUGCAGAAGACACAUGCUAAAUUGAGGUCCGAUGUUGUAGAUGAUCCUUUGUCGAGUUUGUGUUUAUUUGCUAAGAGCUUGGGGUCAGAUACUGUACCAGUGUAUUUGCCCGAAGAUGUGAUAGGACGUGCACCUAUAGUAAGCCAUUGUAGUUUUAGAGAAUUGGUUGAAGUUUCCAUGGGUAGAGAUCUCCUUAGCGCGAUUAUUUUACAAGUGUGGAUAUUAUAUCUACAUCGCUUGUGCAUAUCCAGAAAUAUUGGUCACGUGUAUGGAUUCAUUGAUCCACACACCAUUCAAGGAGUAGGCAAUUCUAUAAAUGAAGUGCAAAUGUAUAUAUCUACAAGAUUAAAUGAAGGCGGAAAGCAAUGUUACUUGGCUCCUUAUUACUAUCAGAAUCAUUGGCAGCUCUUUAUUCUCUCUCCUGUCCAAAACACUAUUGUCUUCUUGUGUUCUUUAGGGAAUAAGCCAAAUAGACAAUUCAAAAAUAUUAUUGAUGCUGCAAUGGAGGCAAGCCGUAGGCUCAACUCAAGAAAGGGAAAAGUGAAAUGGAUUAUUCCUGUGUCUCGAAUGCAAGUUGGGAAUUAUGAAUGUGGGUAUUAUGUGAUGCUGCAUAUGUUGAAUAUUGUUUCGGCGGUAAUUCUUGAAAUGUGGGAUGAGCGAUUCGCCAAUCCGGAACCAUUCUCAUCAGAAGAGAUUGAUGAACUACGAACUCGUUGGGCAUCAUAUUUCUUAGAAAUGACGCAAUCCAUCAACGACACAUGAUGAACGUGUUUGUUUAAGUUUUUGAGUGAUUAUGAGACUUGUAACUUUUUACAAUUUGUUAUUACUCUAGACUUGUGCAAGCUAAGGAUUGUUAUAUUUUAGCUUAUUAUUAUGUACUAAAUUAUUACUUAAACUUGUUUAAGUUUUGUGGAAGAAUUGAAAAAUAGCUUGUGUUGUUUUAGAUUGAUCGUGUGAACAGGUGAAAAAAUUGUGUUAUAGUAGUUGGUGAUACUGUUAA